GUCUCGGCCUUGCAGAAGCUGCUCCAUGGCUCCUCUGCUCUUCCUCCUGCUCGGCUUCCUCGGCCUCCUCCUUUUCCUCCUCCGCGGCAGAACCAGGCGGUACGGAGAGCCUCCUCUGGUCAAAGGAUGGAUUCCUUUCCUUGGGAAGGCUCUGGAGUUUGGAAAAGAUACACACAAGUUUCUGAAGGAACAUCAGCGGAAGUACGGAGACGUGUUUACGGUUCUGAUAGCAGGUAAAUAUAUGACCUUCAUCAUGGACCCGUUACUCUACCCGAGCGUCAUCAAACAUGGCCGACAGCUGGACUUCCAUGAGUUUGCUGAAAGGGUGGCCCCCCUGACCUUUGGGUAUCCGAAAAUGGAGACCUUCCCCGGUCUGCAAGACCAGAUCAGGCGGGCCUACCAGCUCCUGCAGGGUGACAGCCUGACAGCCCUGACAAACAGCAUGAUGGGUAACCUGAUGCUGCUGUUCCGCCAGGACCACCUGGAUCAAGGCUCCAGCUGGAGAAGCAGCAACAUGUACCAGUUUUGCUCCCUGGUCAUGUUUGAGGCCAGCUUCCUCACCAUCUACGGUCAACCGGAGACCACCCGCCGCCAUCCCAUGAUGCACCAGUUGUGGUAUGACUUUGUGAAGUUUGACAACAUGUUCCCUUACCUCAUGGCUGAGGUCCCCAUCUGGCUGCUGGGACGAACCAAGACCGUCCGCCAGAAGCUGGUCAGCCACUUGUUGCCUCAACAGCUGUCCCGGUGGUCCAACACGUGCCAGUUCAUCCAGACACGAUCUGACUUGUUGGACCAAUACAAGAUGAGGGACGUGGACAAAGCAGCUCAUCACUUCACCAUCAUGUGGGCAUCUGUGGGCAACACACUUCCUGCCACCUUCUGGGCCACCUAUGACCUGGUGGCCCACCCAGAAGCCCUGCAAGUGGUCCGUCAGGAGAUCUUGGACACCCUGAGGUCCAGCGGUGAGGAGUUCAGCCCCAGUAGAGAUGUGAUGCUUAGCAAAGAGCAGCUGGACAAGCUGGUCUUCCUGGGUACAAAUAAAGGUUGAAUGAGUAACGGAUUCUCUCCGUCAUCAGAGAGCUCCAUCAGUGAGAGCCUUCGGCUGUCCUCGGCCUCCAUGAACAUCCGGGUGGCUCAGGAGGACUUCAGUCUGCGGCUGGAUGCCGAGCGCUCAGUAGCUGUCAGGAAAGGAGAUGUCAUUGCUCUGUACCCUCAGAGUAUGCACCUGGACCCCGAGAUCUACGAGGACCCACAGGUGUUCCGGUUUGACCGCUUUGUGCAGGAUGGCAACCAGAAGACAGACUUCCAGAAAGAUGGACAGAAGCUGAAGUACUUCCUGAUGCCAUUCGGUUCCGGCUCCUCCAAGUGUCCAGGCCGGUACUUCGCCAUCAACGAGAUCAAACAGUUUGUGUGUCUCGUGUUGCUCUACUUCGACCUGCAGCUGGAGGACGGGCAGAACCGGCCCCUGCUAGACUCGUCCCGAGCCGGACUGGGAAUCCUGCAGCCGUCCUCGGACGUUUGUUUCCGCUACAGGCUGCGAGCCGAGUAACUCGGAGCGGAUGUUUUCAGGAGCUUCUUUAGCUCUGCUUGACCCUUCUCUGCUUCAGGUGUUGAACCAGUCAUCUCUUCUGCUGCUGCUCUUAGAGAGAAGUCCUCUUCAGAGACCUGCUGGGUUUCACUUUCACUAAACCGUACUUCAGGAACACUGAGCCGAUGAAAACUAAACAGGAUGUGCUUUCAGGUUCUGCAGGUUGGUGUCUUACUGAGGGUCUGGUUGUGUUUCAAGGGGUCUCUGUCUCUUGACGUCUCUGUGUCUCAGCAUCUCUUUUCCUUGGCACCUGUUUCUCGGCGUCUCCAUUUCUCUGCGUCUCGGUGUCUUUACGUCUUUGCAUCUCUGUGUUUUGCCAUGUCUUGUAUCUCGGCGUCUCUUUGUCCCUUGUGUCUCGGCACCAGUCUAUCUUUUCUGUCUCGGCAUCUGUUUGUCUCUUGUGUCUCAGAGGACAUCUCUGUGUCUCUGUAUCUUGUGU